UGGCCACCUCGCCCUUUAGUGAUUUUAUUACGGGGCCCGGUGGGCACGUUGGCAUCACAGCCUUCCUGAGGCAGCUUAUUUGUGUGUAGGAACGGGCUGCUGAUUAGUGGGAGACUGAGCAAAGCAAAUCCAGAGGAAUUACUUCAGAAAUGCGUCCAAGAAAGGUGGGACUGCAACACAGCUGUAAAUGGAAGAAAGGGAAAGUAGGAGAACGGUCCACUGGAAGGGCAUGAAACAGCCCAUCAGAACGGCACGCACCGAAAGGAUGCCGAUGGAUUCUGGAGAAAAUGUAAGUUAACUGUAUCUCCACUCUCAUCAGGUCUCAAGAGACAUUUUUCUCAUUUCCUGGUUUUGAAGAAUGGGCUCUUGGAAGCACUGUCUUUUUAGUGUGUCUCUCAUCACGGCCCUGAUUUUCGUAUUUGUUUACAAUAACAAGUUAUGGGAGAAGAAAAGUCUUCUGAGGGCGUCUCUUAUCAAUGCUUCACUCUUAGCAGAAACCUGUCAACAGAUUCUUAAGGGGAAGGUUUUUUACUUAACAGAGAAUGCGUUGAAAACUACCCUGAGUGGAUCUUCCUGUUAUGAAUACAUGGCUCAGAGUCACUAUAUAACAGAAACGCUCUCUGAAGAAGAGGCCGGGUUCCCUUUGGCUUACUCAGUGACCAUCCACAAAGACUUCGGUACUUUCGAGAGACUCUUCAGAGCUAUCUACAUGCCCCAAAAUGUCUACUGCGUUCAUGUGGACGAGAAGGCCACAGCUGCCUUUAAAGGUGCAGUGGAGCAAUUGCUGAGCUGCUUCCCAAAUGCCUUUCUGGCUUCCAAGAGGGAGCCGGUUGUCUAUGGCGGGAUCUCCAGGCUCCAGGCGGACCUGAACUGCCUGAGAGACCUGGUGGCCUCCGAGGUCCCGUGGAAGUACGCCAUCAACACCUGUGGACAAGAUUUCCCCCUGAAAACCAACAAGGAAAUAGUUCAGUAUCUGAAAGGAUUCAAAGGGAAAAACAUUACCCCGGGCGUGCUGCCUCCCGAUCAUGCUAUUGGACGGACUAAAUACGUCCACCAAGAAAUAUUACACACAAAAAAUUCCUACGUGCUUAAAACAGAGAAACUGAAAACGUCCCCUCCUCACAACAUGACCAUUUACUUUGGCACUGCCUAUGUGGCCCUCACAAGGGAAUUCGCUAACUUCAUCCUCCAAGACCAGCAGUCCCUUGACCUGCUAUCCUGGUCCAAGGACACCUACAGUCCUGACGAACACUUCUGGGUGACCCUCAACAGGAUUCCUGAGAUGGAAUCUGAAACUGACCUGCUCUACCUCCCUCUGUCCCAAGACAUCCUGCCUCCAGGCAACGGAGGAGCUGUACACUGUUUGCAGCCCAGAACAUUCCGAGGUGAGACUGUGAACGAGACAUUUGCCUAG